CUCUCUCUCUCUCUGCGUUGAAAGGGCGGAGACUUCCAUGAUCCACCUCCUCUGUUACUUUUAUAGUUGUAUUUGUCAUAGCUGAUUAGAAAAGCCUCUGUUCUAUCAAAGUUGGACUCUCCAAAUCCUUAUCAUGGCCAUCGAUGUUUCAACCUUGCAAAAUAUUUAUGUUGAUUCCUGUGAGAGACAUGGGGUCCUACCUAAUGCUGCGGUUUUAUCUGGUUUCUUCAAGGCUGAGGUUAAAAAGUCUUUCAAAGAACUAUGUAACUUGGAGAUAUUCUUGGACCAACUUAACGAUAUUGACUUUCCUCCUCUUCUCGAUGUUUGUUUGUCAAUUGACACUUCUGAGAUUGAAGCUGUUGACAUACAUGAUGGAUCAUCGCGUGUGUUGAAUGGAGACUAUGCUUUAUCUUUGAUGCGUGCGUUCAAUCAAAAGCUUCGAGUUGUAGAUCUUCAGGAUUCAUUAUAUGGAAAGGACUUCUUAAGGGAGCUGUCACAAGGAGGGUUGACAUGCCAAGUUUUAAACUUGAGGUCUUCACGUUUCCGGAAGCUCAACAUGGCGGGAGAAUUCAUGCGGAUACACACCCUCAAUCUUGAUUUCAACACUUCACUUACUAGCUUCCGUGAGGAUUGUUUUACUUGCAUGCCCAAUCUAAGUUACCUCUCAAUGUGUGCAACAAGAGUUGCAAAUCUUUGGACAACUAUUGCAGCACUUACUAAACUCUCGUCUUUGGUGGAGCUAAGGUUUCAAAAGUGGCUGUGCUGUAAUGAGACUGGGUCUUCUUCAGCACCAUGUGGUGGAAAGUCAGAUUAUCAAUGUGAAUAUGGUCAAAUAAGAAGUUGUUCCAACAAUGAAGCACCAUCCAUUGUUUUAGGUGAGCAAACAGAUUUUAACUCAGGCACAGAAGAGACACUCAGGAAUAUGUUUUCUUUCAAUGAUGUGACGAUGAAUCAAGAAGUUCAAAGCAUGAUGGAGGAUUCAUCAGAUGAUGGUGAAGUGGAUUUUUCAACUCACUGGCAAGAAUUCGAUUACAUGGAUUCAUUGUCCAAUGAAUCUUCAGGGUGGAACAGACAAGUCAAUCUGCAGGAUGAGGUGCCUUUUAUCACUAUGUGCAAUCGCAAUGAAGAAUCCUUGGCUGGUGCUUUCACAAGGCAUAUGACAGAUGUUGCUUUGAAGUAUAUUUCUUGUCAUGCUUCACCCAUAUGCUAUGAGAAGCAUUAUAAAGAAUACAUGAUAGCUUCAUUGCCCCAAUUGAAAACUUUAGAUAACUUGCCUAUCAGAAAGAUUGACAGGGAAAGGGCUGCUGUUACAUAUUCACAAUACUUUGAGUACUUACCAUACAAACGGAAAUAUAAAGAGAGUGUUGUUCGUAUUUUGAAUAGGCGUGAAAUAAAAGAAAAUCGUACAUUUUUUCAGACAAAGAAGAAUAAGCGUUCAUAUCCUUCCAAAAACUCACAAUACUUCUAUACCCGGUCUUUUUGUGCCGCCAAAGUGGGUUCUUCAGCUUGGCCUUCUUUGCAUCCACUUUCAGUGUCAGGAUGUGAUUUGGGUGGUGGAAGGAGGAGCUUUCGUCCAAGACAGUUCGAGUAUCAUCCUUCUAUCUCCAGCCUCUUGGUAUUUGGAACUUUAGAUGGUGAGGUGGUUGUAGUCAAUCAUGAGAAUGAGAAAAUAGUAAGUUAUGUUCCCUCACUUGGAGCAAUGAACAGUGUAUUGGGCCUAUGCUGGCUCAAGCGUUAUCCAUCCAAGCUCAUAGCUGGUUCUGAUAACGGCUCACUAAAAUUAUAUGACGUUGAGCAUAUGCCCCCAACACUUACGGGAAUAUAUUCAGGUGCUGGCUCAGUCACCUUUGAUGAUUUUGACCAGUUGACAUCUGUUCAUGUUAAUGCUACGGAUGAGCUAUUUCUUGCAAGUGGAUACUCAAAAAAUGUUGCUCUGUAUGACAUCAACUCUGGAAGGAGAAUACAAAUGUUCACUGAUAUGCACCGGGAACAUAUCAAUGUGGUCAAGUUCUCAAACCAUUCCCCGUCAAUUUUUGCUACUUCUUCAUUUGAUCAUGACGUCAAACUAUGGGACUUGAGACAGAAACCAAUGCAGCCUUGCUAUACAACUUCAAGCUCUAAUGGAAAUGUGAUGGUUUGCUUUUCUCCAGAUGAUCAUUAUCUUCUUGUAUCUGCUGUUGACAAUGAGGUUCGACAACUUUUGGCAGUUGAUGGGAGGCCACACUUGAAUUUUGAGAUAUCGUCAACUGCAAGUUCACAGAAUUACACUCGCUCCUACUACAUGAAUGGAAGGGAUUAUAUUAUAAGUGGGAGUUGUGAUGAACAUGUGGUCCGUGUCUGCUGUGCUCAAACUGGAAGGCGUCUCAAAGACAUAUCUUUGGAGGGACGAGGCCUGGGGACUUCAAUGUAUGUGCAGUCUUUGAGGGGUGAUCCUUUUAGGGAUUUCAACUUGAGUAUCUUAGCAGCUUACAUGCGUCCAAACUCAAAGUAUGAAAUUGUUAAGGUCAAUUUGCUUGCAUCUUGUGAUCGCUCCAAGGAAUGCUCUUACAGCCAACAUUCACAAUCAUCCAAUGGUAUGGGAGGUUGAACUCCAUCUGCUCACAGGCACACAUGCAAUUGUCAUACAUCAUACAUGCAUAUAACAUUGAAUACCCCAUUAUCCAUCAUCCUUGUAUAUAUAUAUAUAUAUAUAUAUAUGCUUUAUUCAAGUGUAAAUAAUUGAAGCAAAAGAUGAUUAAUGUUCUUUUGCUUAAUAAAAGCAAGUUCUUGGAAAUGGCA